CGUUGAUUUUCUUGAAACUGUUUAGUCCAACCAUUUGGAUAUGGAGAUGGAUCAAAGAUUCCAACUUCUUCUAACUUUUGCAUCAACUCUCUGUGCCUUGAUUUUCUUGGUUCGUUACUUUCAGUCAAGGAGACAAGUUGCUGAAAUUAAGGGCCGGAGUUUGCCACAGCCUGAUGGCGCUUUGCCUGUUAUUGGCCACCUGCUUUGCUUCAGCGGUGGCAAACUUAUUUAUAAAGUACUCAGUGCCAUGGCCGACAAGUAUGGACCGGCGAUGGGGAUAAAGCUGGGCAGUCAUCAAGCUUUGGUCAUAAGUAGUUGGGAAAUGGCAAGGGAGUGUUUCACCACUCACGACAAGGUAUUCAGUGACCGUCCGAGACUAGCUGCUUCUAAGCUUCUUGGCUAUGAUUAUGCUUUCUUCGGGCUUUCUCCUUACGGGGAAUAUUGGCGAGAGGUGCGCAAGAUUUCCACUCUCCAUCUCCUGUCUAACCGGCAGGUUGAUAUGCUGAAGCCGAUAAGAGCAUCAGAACUGGAGACUUCCAUCAGAGAGCUGUAUGAGUUAUGGGUUAGCAGUGGAAAUCCUAACCGUGGUGUCAUGGUGGAUUUGCAGCCGUGGUUUGUAAACCUGAUCCGGAACAUGUCAGUGAGGAUGGUCGGAGGGAAGAGGUUCACCGGAGACGGCGUGGAUUGCAACAAGGAAGAGGCGAGAAGGUGCGAAAAAGUGAUCAGAGGAUUCCUGUACUUCUUUGGUGUGUUUGUGUUGUCUGAUUCUUUCCCCUUCCUUGACUGGCUGGACUUGCAAGGGCACAAGAAGUCGAUGAAGAGAAUUGCGAAAGAGCUAGACAACCUUGUAGGCAGGUGGCUGGAGGAACAUAAGAAGAGGAGGAUGUCCGAGGAGGGCAAAGGAGCACGCGAUUUCAUGGAUGUAAUGCUUGAAAUCAUGGAAGAUGCACAAAUUUCUGGCUUCGAUGCAGAUACCAUAAUCAAAGCUACAUGCUUGAAUAUGUUAGUAGCAGGAAGUGAUGCAAUAGCUGUGACUCUAACUUGGGCAUUGUCUUUGCUACUGAACAAUCGUUCUAUACUUGAUAAGGUUCAAGAGGAGUUGGACACUCAAAUUGGAAGAGGCAGAAACGUCAAUGAAUCUGACAUAAAGAACCUAGUCUUUCUCCAAGCCGUGAUCAAAGAAACCCUCCGUCUCUACCCACCAGGCCCAGUCAACGGUCUGCGUUCUUCACUCGAGGAUUGCACCUUGUCACAGGGCUACCAUGUGCCAGCCGGUACAAGAUUGAUGAUAAACAUUUGGAAGAUUCAUCGCGAUGAAAGCAUAUGGCCCGAGCCAAACGAGUUUCAGCCAGAGAGGUUCUUGACAACCCAUAAAGACAUCGAUGUCAGGGGCCAACAUUUCGAACUCAUUCCAUUUGGAUCUGGGAGGAGAUCUUGCCCCGGGAUACAACUCUCGUUGCAGACUCUACAUAUUUGUCUGGCCACCUUGCUACAUUGCUUUGAUUUCGCCCUCCCAUCAAAUGAAAAAAUAGAUAUGAGUGAGAGUGCAGGGCUCAUAAAUGUGAAAGCCACUCCUCUUAAGGUGUGUCUCACACCCCGCCUUCCUGCUACUGUGUUUGGGCAUUAAGUUUAUUUUUAUUAACAGUAACGUUGUACCUGGUGAUCAGUACUCAUGUA